AACCAACAAGUGGCUAGAUAAAAUCCCAUUUGAAUACAAUUCAUGGUUGACAAUUCUUAAUUCAAACUACUUCAACACAACCAACUCCUCCUCCUCUACUUCUCUCCUCUUAUAUAUGACCCUCCACCAUUCUUCCCAUUUCAUCACAAGCAUUAAUUCAAUCAUUUCUCUUAAUUACCAAGAGCUAGCUAUAACUUUAAUUUUCUUUUUGAGUAAUUAAAGAUGUCAACUACAAUUGAUAUUCCUGCUGAGUCAAGUGCUGCUGCUAAGGGAAAAGCUCCUCUAAUAGGAAUAACUUCUUCCAGCCAUGUAAAAGGAGGAGGAUACAAGAAGGGUUUUGCCAUAUGUGACUUCCUUUUGAGGCUAGGUGCUGUAAUUGCCGCUCUUUCUGCUGCUGCUACAAUGGGAACUAGUGGGGAGACUCUUCCCUUUUUCACUCAGUUCUUCCAGUUUGAAGCUAGUUAUGAUGAUCUCCCUAGUCUUCAGUUCUUUGUUAUUGCUAUGGCAAUCAUUGGAGGCUAUUUAGUCCUUUCCCUUCCUUUCUCUUUUGUAGCAAUUAUUCGCCCCCAUGCUGUUGGACUAAGGCUCCUUCUCCUCAUUUUGGACACUGUGGCGCUGACGUUGAACACUGCAGCUGCUGCCGCUGCGACUGCCAUAGUGUACUUGGCUCACAAUGGGAACCCAAGCUCAAACUGGCUUGCAGUCUGCCAACAAUUUGGUGAUUUUUGCCAGAAAGUUAGUGGGGCUGUUGUGGCAUCGUUUGUUUCAGUUGUUGUCUUCAUGCUGUUAGUUGUGAUUUCUGGUCUGGCUCUUCGAAGACAGAAUUAGUCAUGCUUUUGUUCUCUUCAUAUUUGCUUUGGUUUGUUGUCAUUAAUUAUAAUG